CGCCAUAGCAACGUUUACCAAACAGAGAACGGCUUGUGUUCAUUUUUUAUUAUCACAAAAGUUCUUUUAACGACUUCGGUCGGCAACUCUUACACAACACUUGUUUAAUAUGGAACAAAUGAGUAAGAAGACAGAAAAAGCGCCUGAACCCUCCGUGCGACCAGAAAGUCAAGGCUUCACCAACGGAGUCACCAGUCAAGAAGGUGAAGAAGAGGAAAGUCAAACUGAUGAAGAAGAAGAGGAAAGUCAAAAGACGAUAAUUCGUCAGUGGAUAAUCCAGCUGCAGAGAGACCUGACAACAUUAGUGACCAACGUCCAAACCGCAGCUGAUGCCAAAGUAUUGGCUCAAAGAGCAGAGUUGGAGGAAGCUCGUAAUAUUAGAACAGAGCGACUGCAGAAUGAUGAAAAGGCCAGCCAGGAAAAAAUUGAGGAGAUCACUAGCGGGUGGUCAGUUGCUAACCAGAAGAUGACUGUUCAAGAACUCCAGAAAACCCUGAAAAACCAGGAGCAGUUGUGUGUCGCUCUCAUAGAGGACAAGAAAAGACUCAUUAAUGACCUGCAACAAGAGCUCAAGGUGAGAGACGAUAGGUACGUGAGGAACCUGAAGAAGAACGAUGAGGAGAUAGACCUGAUGAUUGAAAGGAUGGAGGAGCAGAUUAAAGUCCUGACAAAGGCCUACAGGGAGGAGCUGGACCACGUUGAGAAAGUUCAUGAGCAGGGAAUUGAAGUCCUACUUACAAAAGAUGAGUCAACAUGGGAACAACACAUGAAGGAGCUUUGGGAACAGCAGCUGGAGAGGCUGGCAGAGAAGAAGAACAUGGUGGAGGAGUAUGAAACAAAACUUCACGAUCAGUUGCUGGAGAAUAGCAGCAAGUACACUGCCUCGUAUAUCAAUCAAAAUGAAAAGGAUCAUCAGAGAGAACAACAACAGAUGAAGGGGACUAACAUGGUCGUGGCACUAAAUAAUAAAAUGAAGAAACAUCAACUGGAAGAAGUAAAAAACACGACAGUGGCCCAUAUGAGGAGAAUGAACCACCGUAUGCAGGCAGAACUAAAAAAACUAAAAGCCAGUCAAGAAAAAGAGCUUAAGAAGAAGAACUGGCAUUUAUCUGCGGACUACCAACGUGCCGUCAAUCAAUAUGAACGCAUGCAGCAGCAAAUCAAGCACUUUGCAGUCGCCGAUUCCAAAAAAUUUAACGAGAUGUGGGUCAUGGUCGAAGGAGAGUUGAAGCAACUAGUGGAGGAGGCUCUGGCCCUUGACUCGCGGAUCUGCGAGCACCUUGGUUUAGCCUGGAAGCGUCCUCCUAUGGCGUUCAUGCAUGUCACUGGCCCCAUUCAGCCUCAGCAAACCCACCAGCAAAGCGGGAUGUGUUUUCAGAGCAGCCAUUGGAUGAUGGAUGCCUCGGUCGGACCAAGCCAGGAGUCUGGCACAGAGAGUGCGGACGUUUUCGAAGGAGGAACAGCGGCGCAGAGUGUUGCAGAGGUGGAAGAAGGGAAGUUGUCCACGGGGACUAUGAAGAAACUCACAGAGAAGCUGUGUGAUGAAGCGGGCUUCCUGAUGGAGGACAAUCUCCAGAAGUUGCUGGCUCCCCUGGAGGACGAGGAGCAGUCUGGAGUGAAGAUGGGUUUGUUCUUUUCUCGUCUGGGCAUCGACGAUAGGGAUGCGCCCAAGUUGGCUGAUUUCCUUUUAAAGUACAAACGGCAACAGAGGGAGCAGACUGAGGAUGUUUGCGCUGAGUCAAGUGACAUGGCAGAGGACACCAGCACCGCAGCUAAUACGGCCUCCGAACUCAUCAACCCUAACCAUGUCCUGCCUGCUCUAAAAAGUUUCAUCGAGCAGCACACAAGGGCGAGCUCAUCCCACCACCAUUCAAGUUUUCGGCAAGCAGAAACCCGCGACAGUUCAGAGGACGCAGCCUACUGGGAGAGUAUGUGCAGCGUCAUCACUGAGGACAAACUCAGACUGUGGGAGGCAGCGGAGACUAUUCUGAAGCAGUACCAUGCGGUCCUGACAGAGAUCUCUGAGCUUGUCCCUGCAACGGAGCAUCUGGAGCAGCAGAACGCAGAGCUGCGGAUAAAGCUGCAACAGGUUCUCGACCCAAUAGAAUGAUUUUCCUUCUGUGCCACAAACAA